GAAAAAUAUCUUUAAUAGCUUACGACAACAUGGUUUAACAAAUUUAAAUGGGGACGAUCCUUUAAAAAUUCAUCACGAUAUGCAAGUGAAAAAAAUUGUCGAAGAAUUUCUUUUAUGCACAAAUUAUGAAAACGACGAUAAAGUGAAGGCACAAGUAUACAAGAAAAAAUUGUUAAGACAUAUAGAUGAUUUUAUUGAGGAUUUAAAACAACACCACCCCCAACAGCUAAAAGACGUUGACAUUUCUUCGUAUAAAACCGAUAUUAUUAACAUUUUACUUAAAGUACGGUUACCUUGUGAGGAAAUUAUAAAACAAGAAGCAGAUAGUAUUUUACUAGACCUCGAAAUUGAACAAUGGUAUAAUGAUUUACCUAUUGUACCGAGUGAAGACUUUAAAGAACAAUAUAAAAGAAGCAAACAACGUGAGUUGUUGGCAAAUAAAGUGAAAGAGUUCGAAAAAAAUAAUAGUCAGUUGACAGAUAAUGCUUUACGUAUUGAAGUGUCGAAGCUCUUGGAAAAUACACCUUUAAAAGAAGGAGAACCCUUAAACAUUCCUUUUAUAACAGAACAAUUUGUUAACAGAAUAAGAAAUAGACCUAGACAGGAAUAUGCCAAUAGACUAGAACAAGGAACUAUUCCAAAUUAUGAAGAUUUUAGUAAGGAAAUAUCAUUUUGCUCCAGUUAUAUCAACGCGCCUAGAGCCCCAGUUCAAACUCAGGAGCCACUAGAUAACAAUGUGAACAAAUCAAAUCAAUGUAAAAAAACAUGUAGUGGACAAGUGCCUAAUGCCUCCUUAAACUUCUCCCAGGGUAACGUCUCAUCUAAAAUCCUGACAAACAAGUCUCGCGUUGUAAUUCAAGAACCACCGGCUUACAGAACGUUUGAUGAAGGCCGACCACUUAGCUCUACCUUUUAUCAAAAUGAUAAUAGUCCAGAGUGGUUAACAUUGGAGGAAAGUCGACCUAAUGUACAGAACAUACAAAAUCCACAAUACAUCCAAGAUGAAAAUAUGAUGUCGAUCCCGCCCUGUUGUGUCCCUGAACAAGUUAGACCACAAGUGAAUUUUAAAAUGGCUACAGAUAAUGACCAAAAUAUGUUUAAUAAAGAACGACUAUAUCCGAUUAAUAAUGACAACCGUUAUUCUGGAAGAACUAAAUCAUCUCGAGGUAUCCUAGGGACUAGCCAAAUUGCUGGACCGAGUGGGUAUAGUGCAAAGACAUCGCAAAAUGUGAAUAAUAAUAUUAUGAAGCCUCACACGUGGGAUGACACUUCUCAGAUUCCUCGAAGGUCCAAAGUGUCUAAAACUCCGAUCCAUGCUGAACAAGUACCGGUCAAAUCAGACGAAUGUUCUAUAUCAUGUCAAACUUUUCGCGAUAAUAACCCUGUAUUACAAAUAGGUGACGUGGAAAAUAGAGAAGAUAAUCAAUUGCAUGUAGCCACUAACACUGCUCCCGGUAAUAUGUGUUGUGACCCAUCUUUGUAUUCAUAUACUUCUCAACGAGGCGUUCCUAUCCCUGACCCAGCUAGUAGAAGAAGAGGGAGUCCAGUCUCACUGGGUAGAGAUUCAGGAAGGCGACGUGUGGGAGUCUCUGAUGAGGACGAUGAUGAAGUUCCUUGUCGUUGUAUUGAAAGAUAUUGGCGAAGACCCAAACGUUAUCCUUGCGAAGCUUUAGAUAACCUCCCUCCCUGCUUUUCCUUAAUGUUUCCAUAUCCCUAUUUCUUUUGAGUUGCCCAUAGAUCCUUUCGAUUACAAGAUUUUGAAUGCUUUCGAUAUAAAUUUCUAAAUAUUUUUUUUUUGUAAAAUAUGUAUGUAUUAUUUUCAUUGAUAUUUGUUUUGAUAAAAGGUGUUAGUAUAUUUAUGAAGACUCGAACAAAGCUUUUUGUUGAUUUCAGUAAUGACGCUGCUUCUAUUUUAAUGAAUGUUUAUAAAAUUGUACUGAAGUUAUAUUAAUCGAUAUGGUUUAUUGAAAAAUUACAUUUAGGACUUUUUUUAUUAAAAAGCUAUUUCAGUUU